AUGGCGUCGAGAUUUUGGACUCAGGGUGAUAGUGACACCGAGGAGGAGAGUAGUGAUUAUGAUGAGCAGGAAGAAGGACCAGUGGAGACAACUGCAGUUGCAGGUGGUGGUAGCAAGUAUCUCCAGACUGAAGCUAGUGAUAGUGAUGACUCGGAUGGGCAGAAGCGUGUUGUGCGAUCAGCUAAGGACAAGCGAUUCGAGGAGCUGGCUGCCACUGUUGAUCAGAUGAAAAAUGCUAUGAAAAUCAAUGACUGGGUGAGCCUGCAAGAGAGUUUUGACAAGAUCAAUAAGCAGCUGGAGAAGGUCAUGAGGGUCACAGAGUCUGAUAGAGUUCCUAACCUUUAUAUCAAGUCUCUUGUGAUGUUAGAGGAUUUCUUAAAUCAGGCAUUGGCCAAUAAGGAGGCAAAGAAGAAGAUGAGCAGUAGUAAUGCAAAGGCCUUGAAUUCAAUGAAGCAGAAGCUUAAGAAGAACAAUAAGCAGUAUGAGGAUUUGAUUAACAAGUACAGGGAGAAUCCAGGCCUUUUUGAGGAAAAAGAAGACGAUGAGCAAGAGGACGAUGAGGAGGAUGAUGAGGUAGGUUCAGACCUUGAUGAUGAGGACCUUUUGAACCGGGAAUCUGAGGAGAGUGAGGACGAAGAAGAAACGGAAAUGGAUGCAGCUGAGACUGGGUCUGGUUGGGAGAAGAUGUUGAGUAAGAAAGAUAAGCUGAUGGAUAAGCAGUUCAAGGAUCCUAGCCAAAUUACUUGGGAAACUGUCAACAAGAAGUUCAAGGAGAUUGUAGCUGCCAGGGGUAGGAAGGGGACAGGAAGAAUUGAGUUGGUUGAGCAGCUCACUUUCUUAACGAGGGUUGCUAAAACCCCUGCUCAGAAGCUUGAAAUUCUCUUCAGUGUUGUUUCUGCACAGUUCGAUGUUAAUACAAGUUUGAGUGGGCAUAUGCCAAUCAAUGUUUGGAAACAGUGUGUGCAGAAUAUGCUUGCCAUACUCGAUAUUUUAACUAAGUACCCAAAUAUUGUCGUUGAUGAUAUGGUGGAGCCUGAUGAGAAUGAGACCCAAAAGGGUGCUGACUUUGAUGGAACUAUUCGGAUUUGGGGAAAUUUGGUAGCAUUCCUUGAAAAGAUAGAUGUGGAAUUUUUUAAGAGCCUUCAGGUUAUUGAUCCACACACGCGUGAAUAUGUUGAGAGGCUUAGGGAUGAACCCAGGUUCCUAGUUCUUGCUCAGAAUGUCCAGGAAUAUCUGGAAGGGGUUGGGAAUUAUAAGGGUGCUUCAAAGGUAGCUCUUAAGCGGGUUGAGCUCGUAUAUUAUAAACCACAGGAGGUGUAUGAUGCUAUGAGGAAAUUGGCUGAGCAAUCUGAUGAUGGAGAAACAGAAUCUGGAGAGGAAACUAAAGCUGUUGAGGAAAGUAGGGGUCCACCUGCCUUUGUUGCAACUCCCGAGUUGGUGCCCCGGAAACCUACCUUUCCAGAGAGUAGCAGGGCCUUAAUGGAUAUCCUUGUUACACUGAUAUACAAUUAUGGCGAUGAGAGGACUAAGGCUCGUGCAAUGCUUUGCGAUAUAUAUCAUCAUGCCAUUUUUGAUGAAUUUGCGAUAUCUCGCGACUUGUUGCUCAUGAGUCACCUACAGGAUAGUAUUCAGCACAUGGAUAUUUCUACCCAAAUACUUUUUAACAGGGCUAUGGCACAGCUUGGUCUCUGUGCAUUUAGGAUGGGACUUACUGCUGAGGGCCAUAGUUGCCUCGCAGAACUGUAUUCUGCUGGCAGGGUGAAGGAAUUGCUCGCCCAAGGCGUCUCCCAAAGCAGAUAUCAUGAGAAGUCGCCAGAACAGGAACGGCUGGAGAGGAGGCGACAAAUGCCGUACCACAUGCAUAUAAAUCUUGAACUUCUCGAGGCGGUCCAUCUGAUAUGUGCCAUGUUGCUGGAGGUCCCCAACAUGGCAGCCAAUAGCCAUGAUGCCAAACGUAAGGUCAUAAGCAAGACUUUCCGAAGGUUGCUCGAAGUAAGUGAGAGGCAAACUUUCACUGGCCCUCCUGAAACUGUCAGGGACCAUGUAAUGGCAGCCACAAGGGCCCUCAGGCAGGGAGAUUUCGGCAAGGCUUUUGAAGUUAUAAAAUCCCUUGAUGUCUGGAGGCUGCUUCGGAAUAAAGAUAAUGUUCUCGAGAUGCUUAAGGCUAAAAUUAAGGAAGAGGCUCUAAGGACCUACCUUUUUACAUAUUCAUCCUCUUAUGAUUCCCUGAGCUUAGACCACCUUGCCAGGUUGUUUGACAUAUCGGAUUCUCAAACUCGUAGCAUUGUGAGCAAGAUGAUUAUCAACGAGGAGCUCCAUGCAAGUUGGGACCAACCAACUGGUUGCAUCGUCUUCCAUGCAGUCGAGCACAGUAGAUUGCAGGCUUUAGCAUUCCAGUUGACAGAAAAGCUCACAAUUCUUGCAGAAACUAAUGAGAGAGCAAUCGAGUCACGGAUUGGCGGUGGAGGAUUGGACGGUCUUCCUCUCAGGCGCAAGGAUGGGCAGGACUAUGCUGGGGCAGCUGCUUCAGGCACCGGUGGUAGGUGGCAAGAGUUUUCCUUCUCACAAGGCCGCCUAGGCAGCAGCGGUGGAAGAACAGGAUAUGGUGGUGGCCGAUCAUCAGCUUCUGGUCAAGCAUCAGGCGGAAACUUUUCAAGGGAUCGGACGGGUCAAUCACGAUCUGGUGGCUACCAGAACUCAAGAUAUCAAGAUGGACCUGGCCGAACGUUCCAGUCUGGUUCUUCUGUCAGGGGAAAUCAGUGGAUGCUAUCUUGUUCCAGACUUCCAGUUACUGAAAUUCUGAAAUUUUGA